GCUGCACAAGCUCCACGCCAGACAAGCCUGAAAAGUUGUUUUCAGGCUCUUGGCUCUUUGGAAAUUCGUGGAAGGUUAAGUGUCUACACGAGCGAUCAAUUAAUUUAAUUUGUCAGUGAAAUUAAGUAAAAAUGUCUGAAGACGAGGUGGAAAAGUUUGAAAUUACGGAUCACGAUUUGGAAAGCGAGUUUAAUCCUUUUAGAAAUCGAGGCCGGCUUUCGAAAAACAAACAAAUCUAUGGUAUUUGGGCGGAUGACAGUGAUGAUGAUGUAGCAGGCAGUUCGUCGAGAAAACCCAGCUUUCACACCACGAAAAAGAGACAAAGCUACACGGCUCCAGUCAGUUUCGUGGCUGGUGGAGUUCAGCAAGCAGGGAAAAAGGAUGAGAAAAAACCCAAAGAGGAAAAUCAGGAUGAGGAGGAAGACGAUGACCCUCACCAAAAUUCUUCUAGUGAUGAGGAGCCUUCUCAUCGCUCUGGCCUGGGAAAGCGCUCCGGCUUUGCAGGCAGUUCUAAAUCUGGAAGGUCUGGGUUUGGGGCUAGCAGAAAUUUUGAAAUGGACGCAGACAUUGCCGGCUUGAGGAAGAAAGGCGUCGAUAUGGCCAGCCGCAACAUGAUGUCAAAGGGUGUGGGCAGUUGGGAAAAACACACAAAGGGAAUUGGUGCCAAGCUGCUGAUGCAGAUGGGUUACCAACCUGGGAAAGGUCUGGGCAAGAACUUGCAGGGAAUUUCUGCUCCAGUUGAAGCAGCGGUGAGAAAGGGCAGGGGCGCCAUUGGAGCGUACGGACCUGAGGUGGGACAGCGGGUUGCUGGACAGAAGCGGGAGGAGAAGCUUGAUUCGGACGAGGAGGAGGCUAAGGAGUUCAAGGACAAACUGUCUCAGUGGCGAAAAGGAGACAGCUCCAUCAAGAAAAAAACCAGUAAGGUGAAGUACGUGUACAAGACGGCAGACCAGGUCAUUGAGGAGGGCAAAGGAAAAAUCGGUCCUUCAAUCAAAGAUUACAGCAAUUUAUGCAAGGUAAAAGUGAUCGACAUGACAGGCCCAGAGCAGAGAGUGCUAAGCGGCUACCAUGCGAUCGCAGGCCAGCGGAAACCAAUUGAAAAUGAAGGCAUCAAAGAAGAGCUGGUCCACUUUGACCUGCCCGAACUGAUGCACAACCUGGACCUGAUCGUCACCAUGUGCGAGCAGGACAUUCUGGAUAAAGACAGGCAGGUGAGGAGCAACAAGGAUCGACAAAUCGUGAUGGAGCAAGAAGUGGAGAAACUGGGCAACGUGAUCGACUCGCAGGGAAAGCAAAUCGAAAGUACAGAGUCAGUGCUCCAACUGAUGGAGCAGCUGUGCGAGAAGCCUCUCUCACUGGACAAGGCAGCCAAUUGCAUCAAAGAACUGAAGGAAAAGCACAACUCAGAUUAUGAAAUUUACGAAAUGGGAACGAUGGCAUCGAACCUGGUGAGUCCCAUUCUGCGAGAGAAACUCAAACUUUGGAAGCCCCUGGAGAACCCGGCCUUCAUGAUGCCCGAAUUUAGGCGCUGGCAGAGGGUGCUUGAGAAUGAAAAGAGCCACACGCUGAGCUCAGCCGCCGCCAAGGACCCCUUCCACACCCUGGUUUGGGGUUCGUGGACGCCCAGCAUUAGAACUGCUGCCUGUGAGUGGAACUGCAGGCAAAGUGGAAGCAUGAUCGCCGUGCUGGAGACAUGGCGGGGCGUGGUGCCUGGCUGGAUCAUGAACUCGGUGGUGGACAACCUAGUGAUGCCAAGGCUAGAGCAGGAGGUGGAUAACUGGAAUCCGCUUACGGACGUGGUGCCCGUGCACCAGUGGCUGCACCCAUGGAUCCCGUUUGCCGAAAAGCGGCUCAUUGACAACGUCUACCCGGUCAUCAGGCGAAAACUGUCAUCGGCGCUCACCGCAUGGCACCCAUCCGACAAGUCGGCGCUUCUCAUGCUACGGCCUUGGAAGAAUGUCUUUCCGCAAGGUGAUAUGGAUGCUUUCCUUGUCACCAACAUCCUGCCAAAGCUGCAAAAGGCCAUGCAGGAGCUUGUCAUCAAUCCACACCACCAGCAAUUGGACCAAUGGAAUUGGGUGAUUGAGUGGAACGAGUUGUUGCCCCUGUACGCGAUGACAACGUUGCUGGAGAAAUUCUUCUUCCCACAAUGGCUGCAUGUGCUCACUAUGUGGUUGAGCCACAGUCCGAAUUUUGAUGAGAUUAAAAACUGGUACCUGGGCUGGAAGAACCUGUUCCCUACACUCAUCAAGAAUCAACCAGUAGUGAAAGGAAAACUGACGGAAGCAUUGCAAUUGAUGAACCGCGCAGCAGACGCAGUGAGUCGAAACCAAAGUCUCGCCUUCCUCACGGCCCCACCACCCCCGCCGCCUCCCACGCAACGAGAAGCUCAAGAGUUGAUGGCUGAGGCGGUGCGGACCGCUGGGCAAAUUCCACAUGGAUUCAGGGAGUUACUCCAGAAAAAGUGCGAGGAGCGGGGAAUCCUGUUCGUGCCCAUUCCGAAUCGUUACCACGAGGCCAAGCAAGUGUAUCGCUGUGGAAAAAUCCAAGUGUAUUUGGAUCGAAGUGUUUUGUUUAUUUGCAAGAGCAAUACAAACAUUUGGGUGCCAUCAGAUUUGCAGUCAGCUCUGGAUGCUGCAAUGUAAUGUUAUUGCACUAGCACGAAAAAUUAGAUAAAAUUAAAAAACUUGAAGAA